UCGGCGACCACCCGUUAACCGACGACGACGACGACGACGACGACGCUCGUCGUUUCGCGAAGGAGAAAACUUUGUUAUACACACGUAUACCUUGGUCGGCGGAAGAGCCGACAGACAAGCGGUUUUGGUGUUCCGAGUGUGAUCAAUGAACUUUGCUUGACGCGUGUCGAGGCGUGUGCUGGCAAAAGAGGCACACCAGCGACGACCUGGCACAGAUCCCAUGAUGACAUAAUACAGAUUUAUUGAUUGAACUCGUUGAGAAAGCACGCAUUAAUAAUCGUCUCGUAACAGAAUAAAUGACCCAAGAUGAAUGAUACAGACGGUUUCGGCAUGAAGGGAUCUGGUUCGAAGAUGCCCCACAGUCACUCCACACCGGCUGGUGUGGACGGAGGUAGUAGAACACCUCCCACCACACCGCGAAAAGCCGGAAAAAUGCUGGCUGUUCGUGUGCAGAUGUUAGACGACUCUAUUACGAUGUUUCAAGUCCAGGCUAAAGCGUUAGGUAGAGUGUUGUUCGAUCAAGUUUGUAAGCAAUUGCAUCUUCUAGAAGCGGAUUAUUUCGGUCUUGAAUAUCAAGAGCCAAACUUAACAAAAUAUUGGUUGGAUCUGGAGAAACCCGUCUGUAGACAAGUCGGUUUAUCUCUAAUUGAUCCUUUAUUGAGAUUCUGUGUUAAGUUUUAUACGCCAGAUCCUGCGCAACUUGAGGAGGAAUUUACGAGAUAUUUAUUCUGCCUACAAAUUAAACGAGAUUUAGCUCAAGGUUUAUUGCAAUGUAACGAUAACACAGCAGCAUUAAUGGCUAGUUAUAUUGUUCAGGCUGAAUGCGGGGAUUAUGUGAUAGAAGACUAUCCGGAUCAUACAUAUUUAUCAACAUAUAAAUUUGUGCCUCACCAGGAUCAAGAACUGGAACGACGUAUUAUGGAAAAUCACAAAAAACACGCAGGUCAAUCUCCUGCGGAAGCGGAUCUCAAUCUUUUAGAAACUGCUCGACGUUGCGAACUUUACGGAAUGAAAAUGCAUCCGGCAAAGGAUCAUGAAAAUGUUCCAUUAAAUCUCGCGGUGGCACACAUGGGCAUUGUAGUUUUUCAAAAUUUUACUAAGAUAAAUACAUUUAGUUGGGCCAAAAUCAGAAAAAUCAGUUUUAAACGAAAACGUUUUCUAAUCAAAUUGCAUCCGGAAGGUUACGGUUAUUACAAAGAUACAGUCGAAUUUUUCUUCGAAGGGCGUAAUGAGUGUAAAAACUUUUGGAAAAAAUGUGUAGAAAAUCACGGUUUUUUCCGCUGCUCGGUAGUCAAGAGAGUUGUAAGGCAAAAAACCAGAGUGCUUAGUCGUGGAUCGUCAUUCAGGUACAGCGGAAAAACGCAGAAGCAAAUAGUGGAAUUUGUGCGGGACAAUUACGUGAAGAGGCAGACGUUUCAAAGGUCCAAUUCGUUCCGGCAGACUAGCAGUGGUAGGGCAUUGCAGGGCUCGGAGGGGGGAGGCUAUCGUGGGGCCACUCCAAGCAGCUCCCUUAUGGGCAGCUCCAGCAUCUCUGCCCACCCCCUCCUGCCCCUCGGCGAUCCUGCACUGGCAACCCCAGCUCUGUCUCUGUCAUGCGGUUCGAUGACACUGGAUUCUCCGACGACUGUGACGAGUGUCUCAAUGGGCGGGACGAUUCACCGUCGAGAAGACACAGCUACAUCGUUUCGGACGCUCACUUCUAUCGACGUCCAUUCGCCAGCCACCCCCAGCCAGGUCCCAGCUCAGCGGCAGAUGCUUGCUACCAGCCAACAACGGAUUUCAUCAACAGAUGUCGAAGCCGAAAAGCAGGAGACGCCCGAUCAACGGGACAAUAAUAAUUCCGUGUAUAGCGCCGAGAAGGAUAGACAAGCGACGAAUGGCGAGGUCGAGGUGAACAACGCGAGCGUCGUGAACUCGCCGGAUCUCAGUCCGGUGAAGAAUCUGCGAAACGGAGAAGAAACGGAGAUUAGAAAAACAAAGAGAUGGCCGACCGACAAGGCCUAUUACAUAGCCAAGGAGCUUCUCAUGACAGAACGAACGUAUAAAAAAGACUUGGACGUUAUUAAUAUGUGGUUUCGUGAAGAAAUCUCUAGAGAAGCGGAAUUAGAAGGAGAGUCGAUAGUCUCUUUGAUCGAGCUACUUGCUGACGCGCACGGUCCUUGUCUUCAAGAAAUGGAAGCGCGAUUGGCACGUUGGGAGAGCAAUGCUCGUCACAAUAUCGGCGAUUUCUUGUACAACACGUUCUUGAACGUGUUACCUCUCUACGACCAGUACCUGGAAAAUCUGAUUCCGGUGUUGGAGAAAAUGGAAUAUUCCACGCGAACGUCGAAACGAUUCGAUCAGCUCUGUCGAGACUUUGAGUCGCAGAAGCACUGUUAUUUGCCGUUAACUUCCUUCCUGUUAAAACCUUUGCAACGUUUGUUGCACUACAACAGUAUUAUCGACCGAUUAUUGGAUCAUUAUCCGAAGGAUCAUACUGAUUUUGAGGAUUGCUUGGCAGCGAGAGAUAGACUCGGCGAAACGUUACUUGAGGGACUCACAAUCAUAAAUCAAGCGGAGAACUUUGUGCAAUUGUGUGAAAUGCAGAGAGACAUCGCUGGCUUCGAGAAUCUGGUGCAGGAAGGUCGAAGAUUUAUCAGACACGGAUGUCUGCAGAAGUACAGUCGAAAAGGUUUUCAACAACGUAUGUUCUUCUUGUUCUCAGACGUGCUACUGUACACAUUCCGCAACUCCCAACAACAAUCUUCCAUUAUUCAACAACAGACGCAAUGUUUUCGCGUACACGGGCUGUUGCCGUUGAAAGGAAUGAGGAUUCAAGAAGCGGACAAUAAAACCGGGAUGGAUUUUGCUUUUAUUAUCGACGGACAAGCGAAUCAAACAUUAACAGUCGCAGCUAGCAACGAAGAAGAGAAAGAAAGGUGGUUGGAAGAUUUGAAUAUGGCUAUAGUGCAAGCCGACGCGUUGGACGCAAAAGUGCCGUAUUUGAGUUUAAAGUCAUGCAUUUUAGGUUCGGCUGACGAAGUGGGAGACGGAAUGGGAUUAGAAGUGGAUCGGACAAGUUGCGGAGGUGUAAAAGCCUCACAGCGCAGCAAUACCACGGUUCAUGUCUGUUGGCAUCGCAAUACAAGUAUUAGCUACAGCGAUCAAUUACGAGCGUUUCAGAACCAACUCAGCGGAUUUCUUCUACGGAAAUUCAAGAACAGCAACGGUUGGCAAAAACUUUGGGUUGUAUUCACCAACUUCUGUUUGUUCUUUUACAAGUCUCAUCAAGAUGAUUUUCCGUUGGCCAGUUUACCAUUGUUAGGGUACACUGUGUCCACACCGUCGGAAAAAGAUGGGAUCAACAAAGAUUUUGUGUUCAAGUUGCAAUUCAAGAAUCACGUAUAUUUCUUCCGAGCAGAAAGUGAUUAUACUUUCGGAAGAUGGAUUGAAGUCAUCCGAAGUGCAACUCAACAGAGUCACGUGCCGGUCAACGUGAAUGGAAAAGGGGAAUAUUAGAAUUUGAAAAGGCAUGCGCAUGAUUAAAGAGACGAUUGUUAAGAAUCAAAUUUUUCAUUAAGAAACUAGACGAGUAAUAUAAUUAGAAGAGUAACGGGAGAAAAAAAAAAGGUAAAAAAAAAA